UCUUCUGGUAUCAGUUCUACUGUGGAUUCUCUGGGUCAGCCAUGGUUGAUCAGUGGUACCUGAUCUUCUUCAACCUGAUGUUCUCCGCAUUCCCUCAGCUCAUCACUGGCACCCUGGACAAAGAUGUGUCAGCAGAAACCCUGCAGGAGUUGCCGCAGCUCUACAUGAAUGGACAAAACUCAGAGGAAUAUAAACCCUACAUGUUCUGGAUGAACAUGAUUGAUGCCUUCUACCAAAGCCUCAUCUGUUUCUUCAUCCCUUACUUUGCUUACGUUGACUCGGAUGUGGAUUUGUUUACAUGGGGCACUCCCAUCAUCACCUUGGCACUCUUCACCAUUUUGCUGCACUUAGGCAUAGAAACCAAAACCUGGGUGAGUCUUGUUUUAUAUUAUGCAAAAUGUAAUAGGAUGUAGUGGCUAAAACUCAGUCAAACUCACCCGUAAAAAGUCUCUUCAUGGUUCUUCUGUACUGAUUUUGCAGUGUAAAGACGGUUGUGUGCUUGUUAUGAUUGGUGAGGGUCUCUGGUUAAACCUGCUUAUUCUGUUUCUUACCCUAAACACCAUUUGCAAAAAUGCUGAUAAG